AUGUAUGUGAAUUGGUUUGAUACAGUAAUGUUUUACUAUGUGAUUUUAGUGUAUUUAUUGAAUGUCACAUUUUCACAUUUUUAAAUUACCCGCCGUUCCAUCCCCUUACGUCCUGACGUCGCAGGGAACGGAACCCAGAAGACAGAUGCUGGCAUCGGCUGGAGGACAUUGCCGGGGACACUGCGGGAGCGCAGGACAAGGUAAGUGAAGAAGAGAACCCGGAGCAGCGCUGCAAGGUAUUCCCGAGUGUAGCUCGGGGUUAGCGCUUGUGCUACACUCGGGAAUACCUCCAGGGAGGUUAAG